GUUCAAAGCAGUGAGAUUCCAAACAAUCGAGUGUUUUGUUAUGUUUUUACCUUUUACCAAUAGCAUACCACAAAUAAGAUUAUUAAAAUGUUAAUUCAAAAAUUGAAAACAAAAUGUUUUGUGAUGGUUAUGUUAGGAACAGAUUAGUUUGGUUUAUUGUAUUAAAUCAAAUUAUAAUAACAAAAAAUGUUAAUUAAAAACAAAUCUCCAAAACAAAAGAGUGAUCGUGCUUGACCUUAAUAUAUUAUCCAUAUGACAUUCACGUGUGUCUUUAAACAUUUCAGAAAAAUAUACUGUUGCAAAAAGAGUUGUAGAAGCAGCUCUUAUGUGACAGAUUCAAGUUAAAGGUGAGAAGUUGUUUCACUAUACAACGACAUCAUGCUAAAAUGAAUGAAGCAAAACUGACUGAAGCGGUAACCUAGUGAGGGGCAGGAGGGUCAAUUGAGUGGGUUAAGGGUGGGGUUUCUCACCAAGGGAAUCACAUUUCCAAACUCUGUGGGCCUGAAGACUCAGCUAAGAACUGAGAGAGCUUUUGUACUGCAGAGAGGGAGAGCGGGAGCUGUGGGACAGGGGGAGCACAAAUUUAGGCAGAAUUUCAUUGCACACAUGCACUUGGAUUUGUCUGGUGGAUUUCUAAAUACUUUACUUCCAUAAUGCUGCCUGGGUGGCCUGUAGUUUUGCAUCUUGUAAUCCUGUGCUGUCGGACUGCGGCUUCACAGUUUCUGGAAGAUCAAAACUCCGGAAAUCAUCUGGAUUUGACAGAGUUAAUUGGCGUGCCCCUUCCACCUUCUGUCUCCUUCACUGCUGGCUUUGAGGGCUUUCCAGCGUACAACUUUGGGCCCGAAGCCAACAUAGGAAGGCUCACCAAGACCUUCGUGCCAGGCCCAUUCUACAUCGACUUUGCCAUCAUUGCCACGAUCCGUCCAGCCAGCCAAAGAGGAGGCAUGCUCUUUGCCUUCACAGAUGCCCGUCAAAAAGUGGUUGAGUUGGGCUUAGCCCUCACCCCAGUUCACAAAGGUCUUCAAAAUAUCUUAUUAUACUACACUGACAGUGAACAGCCAUCCCAUAGCCAAAAAGCUGCUGCCUUCAGUGUGCCAGACAUGACGGACCAGUGGACACGCUUUACUGUUGUGGUGGAGCACAAUGAGGUGCGUCUCUAUAUGGACUGUGGUGAAGCAGAGAGGACGACCUUCCAUCGAAGGCCAGAAAGACUCAAUUUCUCACACAACUCUGGCAUUUUUGUUGCAAAUGCGGGGAGCACAGGGCUUGAGAAGUUUGUGGGAGCCAUUCAGCAGCUGGUUAUCAAAGACGAUCCAAGGGCGGCCGAGGAACAGUGUGAGGAUGACGAUCCUGAUGCUUCUGGGUAUGCCAGUGGUGACAAUAGUCUCGAUGACAGAGAGACAGAAGAAAUAAUAAAGAAAACAGAGGGACGGAAACAUGGAGCAGCACAGGAAAACACUGCUCCGCUUCGAGCCCCACCCACACAAGCUCCAACGCUGGACAAUGACAAUAGUUCAAAUUACCAGACCUCAAUGGAGGACAGUGAACAAGUCUUCCUCAGAGGGUCUCAUCAGACAGACGAGCCAGGAGAGGCAUCUGAAGAUGUUCUUGUCAAGCACGCUUUAAAAGGUGAACCAGGGGAGCCUGGACUACCAGGCUUACCUGGCUCACCUAGACCCACUGAGCCGGGGUCAAGAGGUCCACCAGGACCACCAGGAAUUCCUGGAAAGCCUGGAAGAGAUGGACACCAGGGAAUGAAGGGGGACAAUGGAGAUCCAGGUCAGAGAGGACCUCAAGGAUUUCCAGGUUUGAAUGGAGAUGCUGGAGUCAAAGGAGAUAAGGGAGACCCUGGGGUUGGCUCACCAGGCCCACCGGGUCUACCCGGGCCUCCUGGACCUCCUAGAUCACACAGUGUACCUUAUGGAGAAGAUGCGCUGGGUUCUGGGUUUGAAGACCUGGAAAGUGAUACUGAGCUCAUUAGGGGUCCUCCUGGCCCACCUGGGCCUCCAGGACCACCUGGUCCUCCUGGGGCCGAGUCUUCAUCAAUGAACAUUGCUGGAGACCUCUCUCACACAUCUCCUGGGCCACAUGGUGCUCCUGGUAAAAAUGGACUUGAAGGCCAGCCAGGAAUACCAAUGUUUAUGGAUUGGUUUAAUGGUUCUGGGUCUGGUGGUUCAGGUUUGAGCGCAGAGUUGUCCUCUGACCUUGGCUCUGGUUUCAGUUCUGAUUCUGAGUCCAGUUUUGCUUCUGGGUCUGGGCUUGACAUCAGCUCUGCUUGGGUUUUGGGCGAGGGUCUAGCAGGAAAAGAUGGUGCUCCAGGUCUCCCUGGACCUGUGGGAGAGAAGGGUGACAGAGGUUUACCCGGAUCACCUGGAUCAAAGGGUGAACGUGGAUCUUCAGGCAAUGCGGGGUUAGUGGGACCUCAAGGGCCCAGCGGUCCACCAGGGAAAAGAGGCCCACCGGGUCCACCAGGGCCUCCUGGUCCCCCCAGUCCUGCAGAAACCAAAUUCAUUGUUGAGGAUAUGGAGGGAUCUGGCAAGAGUGACAUGGUGCUUGGAGCAAGAGUCCCAGGCUCACAAGGUUCACCUGGUCUUCCUGGUUUGCAAGGCCCCAAGGGUGAGAAUGGAGCUCCAGGUCCACCAGGGCCUUCCAUCAAGGGUGAAAGAGGGGACUCGGGAGCAGAAGGUUUGCAGGGUCCUGCUGGACUACCAGGUCCAAGGGGGGUUAAAGGUGAAAAGGGUAGGCCAGGGCAAAAGGGUAAUCGCGGAGUGGAUGGGCUUAACAUCACAGGACCACCUGGGUCUCCUGGACCUCCUGGACCCGUCAUUAGUUUGACAGAUUUACUCCUCAAUGUCACAGAGAAUAUAUUCAACUUCACAGAGCUCAGAGGACCACCAGGGCCAAUGGGACCCGAGGGCUUGCCUGGCAAAGCUGGAUUUCCUGGCCCCAGAGGACCAAAGGGAGACAAGGGUCCUCCAGGUAUCCAAGGCCCAGCAGGGCUCAAGGGAGCAAAGGGAGAGCCAGGUGUGACCAUCGCUGCAGAUGGAUCGCUUUUAUCUGUACCAAAAGGGCCCCAUGGACCCAAAGGCAUCAAGGGUGCCCGUGGAUUGCCUGGACCUGCAGGACCCAUUGGCCCACAUGGACCUCCUGGACAAAAGGGAGAAUAUGGAUUCCCUGGUCGCUCUGGAAGACCUGGUAUGCCUGGUAGAAAAGGGGAAAAAGGAGAUUCUGUUGGCACGCCAGGACCUCCUGGUCCACCUGGUGCGCCUGGACUUCCAGGAAGAAUUCUUGGAUUGAACGGAACAGUGUUCCCAGUACGCCCCAGACCGCAUUGCAAAAAGGGACCAGAUUCAGAUAAUGGGCUAAAUAUUGUGAAAGCUAAAGGAGAAAAAGGAGAGGUCGGAAUGCCCGGAGAGCCAGGGACACUUAGUAAGUCCCCUGAGUUUCCCGAUGGCAUUGUGGGUGCUAAAGGCGAUCUGGGAUCAAAAGGUCAGAAAGGAGAAAAGGGUGACUCAGGCGCUCCCGGUCCCCCAGGACUACCAGGGCGGUCAGGACUUGUGGGUCCUAAAGGCGAGUCAGUGAUUGGCCCUCCAGGUUCUUCUGGGUCUCCAGGCCAACGCGGAGCCCCUGGAUUUGGACGCCCAGGUCCCAGAGGGCCAGCCGGCCCUCCUGGACCACCAGGACCACAACCUGCAUUUGGAGCAGGUGUUAGUGUCCCAGGCCCUCCCGGUCCUCCUGGACCUCCAGGAAUUUCCAACCUGGUAACCACCUAUGAGACAGUUUAUGCUCUGACGAGAGAAACCCACCGUGCUCCAGAGGGAACCUUGGCAUAUGUGUCUGAGAGCGGAGGAGAGCUUUACAUCAGAUCACAAAGUGGAUGGCGCAAAGUUCAGCUUGGAAACUUGAUCCAAUCCGAACCAUCAUCCUCAUCAACUCCUCAAGUCAAUAACAAACCUGGCGAAUGGAGCCGACCACACAGGAGCCACAGCCAAGAGCUGCAUGAGGGCGGGAGAGGAUAUCAGCCCAGUUUUAACAAUCUGCAACAGACUUUCACUGCUGUAGCUGGGCUCCAUCUAGUGGCUCUAAACGCUCCAUUGAAAGGAGAUAUGCGAGGGAUCCGUGGGGCCGACUUCCAGUGCUACCAACAGGCACGGGCAAUGGGACUGACAAGCACAUACAGGGCCUUCCUGUCCUCACACCUCCAAGACCUGGCCACCAUUGUGAGGAAGGCAGACCGUGCCAACAUGCCUGUGGUUAAUCUCAGGGGUGAGAUGCUGUUCAAAAGCUGGAUGUCCAUUUUCUCUGGAAAUGGUGGCAUAUUUGACCCCUCCGUCCCCAUUUACUCCUUUGAUGGACGUAAUGUGCUGAUUGACUCAGCAUGGCCAGAAAAAUUGAUUUGGCACGGGUCCAGCGCUGUGGGAAUCCGUGCAACCAUGAACUACUGCGAAGCGUGGAGGACCGGCGAUAUGGCGGUGACGGGUCAGGCCGCACUGCUUCAGACCGGACGACUCUUAGGUCAACACACCCGCUCGUGCUCCAACCACUACAUCGUGCUGUGUAUAGAAAACACAUACGUGGGGAAUAUUCAUCAACGGAGGUCCUGAAGAGAGACACAGAAGCAUGAUUAGGAUCAGGUUAACUUGCAGAAGCUGGAUUGUUACAAAUACAUUUGCAUUCACUAGCUUAUUUUUUUUAUUGGCUUUCAAAUAGAACUUUGAUACAACAUAAAUUGAAGGAUGCGGCAAAGGUCAUGUUAUUUAUUCUUAUCCCUUCUUAUUCACAUUUUAUCGACAUCUACAACAUCUUGUGUAUGAGGUGUAAAAGACAGAAAAUAACAGAAAUGUGCCAAUGUAAUUUGACUUUUAAUUCAUUUUUUCUUUUUUCUUUAUUUUUGCUUACUGUCUGUAAUGGAUGAAAUAUUUUUAUGUUCAUUUUCAUUGUUGUUCCUACUGCAUGGUAGUAGUAUGUAUGUGACUAUUAAAAACAAUCUAGGUUUAAACUAAACUUUAUUAGGAAAUGUCUGUGUGUGGACAGGAAGGGAAAAUUACUUGUGAAUAAAGUAUAAAUUCAGUAGGCCGCAUUCCAACAUGUUUUCUAAGAGCCCCUCGUUAAGUGCAGCUGCGUGAAAAGUUUUAGCUCCUACAGAACGUGAAAGUGGCUAAAACUUUUCACGCAGGUGCACUUAACGAGGGUAACUUGGAAAACAUAUUGGAACGCGGCCCCUCGAGGACUGGAGGUCGACACCCCUGGUUUCAGUGAAAAGUGCCACACCCGCCCUCACCCUCACUUUCUGAUUGGCUGUUUGAUCUGUGAUGUCACUUGGACACUCCAUUAGGUACACCGCCAUUUUCAAGUGUACCUAAUAACAGGCCACUUUAUUAGGGAAAUAUCAUGGUCAAAGGUCACAGGUGUCAAGCUCUAGUCUUCGGGGCCGCGUUCCAAUAUGUUUUCCAAGUUACCCUCGUUAAGUGCACCUGCGUGAAAAGUUUUAGCCACCUUCACGUUCUGCAGGAGCUAAAACUUUUCACGCAGGUGCACUUAACGAGGGAAUCACAUGGACACUCCAUUAGGUACACCGCCAUUUCCAAGUCUACCGAAUAACAGGCCACUUUAUUAGGGAAAUAUCAUGGUCAAAGGUCACAGGUGUCAAGCUCUAGUCCUUGGGGCCGCAUUCCAACAUGUUUUCCAAGAUUCCCUCGUUAAGUGCACCUGCGUGAAAAGUUUUAGCUCCUACAGAACGUGAAAGUGGCUAAAACUUUUCACGCAGGUGCACUUAACGAGGGUAACUUGGAAAACAUAUUGGAACGCGGCCCCUCAAGAACUGGAGGUCGACACCCCUGCUCUAAAGAGAACAAGCAUGCUUGUUCAGUGAAUAUCAAAACACCAAAAUAAAUCGCUGAGAAUAUUAACCAGAUGUGCUGGGUAACAAAAGAAAUGGCAGUUACAAACAUUGAGGAAAACCAAACCAAACAAAAAAUGCACACAGAUGCUUAUAACCAUUUUUAAUCACAAUUUGUUCCAUCUUAUUUCAAAACAUUCAGUGAUAUCAACAGUUCAACCACAGCAUGUCUACUUUUUGUUUUAACAUUUGAGUUACAAUUCAUUUGGGAUUUGUAUUAAUUUAUACUGUUGCAACAUAUACUUUGGAACUCUUGUGAGUUCACUUUUAACUUUGAAUGUAUAUAGCCGUGCGUUUAUGUUCUUGUUAAAAUUGUAUUUUUCACUUAGUCAUUUUUGUUUGGGCACUAAAUGAUGAAUUGUUUUUCCCGCAGCAGGUGCUCACGCUAACAGGCAAAGAAAGUUUGCUUACAUUUUUUUAUUCCAUCAUGUCCGAUUUUGUUGUUGAAACAAAUCAUCUGAGGUAGAGAACAUUUGUACUGACUGACUGAUCGUCACUGAAUAAAGAUCUACAUAUUGUUUUUAUUAA